AUGGGGCAGUCUCGUAUCUUUAUCGACAGUUCCUGUUCUUACAGUAGUAGUAGUAGUAGUAGUAGUAGUAGUAGUAGUAGUAGUAGUAGUAGUAGUAGUAGUAGUAGUAGCCACACACAAGAAGAGAAAGACAGCUUCGUGGAGCUUUUGGAUUUGCAUCUGGAGGAACACUCAGAGGGCAUCCAUUUAAUGCCGGGGGAUUUUAAUGCCAGAAGGGGAAUAGAAAAUGUGGUGGGUCCGUUCGGAGAAGAAACAAGAGACAAUGAAGGUGAAAACCUGAUAGAUUUCUGCAUGAGAAAUAAUUCACAAAUCAUGAAUGGGUUCUUCGAGCACCAGGAUAUACAAGAGAUUCUGAGUAAACAGAAGAAGAAGAAGAAGAAGAAGAAGAAGAAGAAGAAGAAGAAGAAGAAGAAGAAGAAGGCUGCUGUAUAUUUAAGCAAAUGGCAUGCUAGGAAACCAGAGAAAGAGAAUAAAGAAAGCACUCUAUAG